AUGUCAGAAUUGACUGAACUUCAUCCUCAUCACCAUGUACAAAUCAAAGAGUCAAUUCUUGUGGGAAAAGCAUUAUUAAAUUUCACCACAUUUUUCGUGACUCUUGGGAUUUUAGUAAUGGGAUUUGAACAAUCAGUUUAUGCCCCCAUUAUAACCAAUAAAUAUUUCAAACAAUAUUAUCAUAAUCCUAGUCCAACAGAAAUUGGGUUCAUGAUUGCCAUUUUAGAAAUUGGAGCAUUAUUUUCAUCAAUUAUUGCUGGGAAAAUUGGUGAUUUAGUAGGAAGGAAACGUGCCACUCGUUAUGGUGCAGUAUUUUUUUAUAUUGGUGGAUUUAUUCAAUGUAUUUCUCCCAAUAUGUUCAUUUUAUGUAUUGGUAGAUUACUUGGUGGGUUUGGUAUUGGAUUUUUAACCACUAUUGUCCCCAUGUUUCAAUCAGAAAUUAGUCCUGCUGAAGCUCGUGGGUUUUAUGCAUGUGUUGAAUUCACCGGGAAUAUUCUUGGUUAUGCCAUUGGUAUUUGGUUAGAUUAUGCCUUUUCAUACCUUGAAAAUGAUUAUAGUUGGAAAGCACCUUUGAUUGUCCAAUUUUUAUUAGGGGUGGUGUUAUGGUUAGGUACGUUUAUUGUUGUUGAAACUCCAAGAUGGUUAUUGAAUCAUGAUCAUGAUUUAGAAGGAAUGAUUGUUAUAGCUGAUUUAUAUGCUGAUGGAGACGUUGAAGAUGAUCAUGCUAUGAGUGAAUAUAGAAAUAUUAAAGAAUCAGUUUUAAUUGAUAGAAUUGAAGGUGGAGAAAGAUCAUAUGAAUAUUUAUUUAAACGUUAUGCUAAAAGAUUAUCAGUGGCUUGCUUUGGAUUAAUGUUUGCUCAAUUGAAUGGGAUCAAUCUUAUUUCAUAUUAUGCCCCCAUGAUUUUUGAAGAAGCAGGUUGGGUCGGUAGACAAGCAGUAUUUAUGACGGGUAUUAAUGGUAUUAUUUAUGUCAUAAGUACUAUUCCUCCGUGGUAUUUAGUUGAUUCUUGGGGUAGAAAACCAUUAUUGAUGAGCGGAGCUUUAAUCAUGGGUAUUCCAUUUUGUAUUGCCGGUUAUUCACUUUCGUUAAAUAAUGAAUAUACUUCUACAAUUGUCGUUACAAGUAUUAUUAUUUCUAAUUUUGGGUUUGGGUUUUCUUGGGGUGGUAUUGGUUGGUUAUUACCUGCUGAAGUAUUACCAUUAUCGGUUCGUUCAAAAGGUGCUGCUUUAGCAACAGCAACUAAUUGGUUUUCAAACUUUGUUGUUGGAUUAGCUUCGCCAAUUUUAUUAGAUCAAAUUAAAUGGAAAACUUAUUUUAUCCCUGCUAUUUCAUGUUUUAUUUCAUUUUUCGCCGUUUGGUAUUUAUUCCCAGAAACAAAAGGUUUAUCACUAGAAGAAAUGGGUUCAGUUUUUGAUGAUAAAUCAUCAAUAUUUUCUCAUCAUGCUUCUGGAAGUGUUGGCGGUAGCAGCAGUAGUAUUUUUAAUUAUGGUGCAACUAAUGACUUGAAUAGAAGAACAUCAAUGACUAAUGAUUCAACCCCUUCAAUAGCAGGAGCUCUUCCAGGGGCAGUGCCAGGAGCUAUUGAUUCAAUUCAUCAAUCAGCAGCAUCAAUGGCAAGAAACCCUACUAGCAACAAUAAUCAACAAUUAGAUGGAAUUAUCACGGGUGCUGCACCACCACCAAUGCCUAUCAAUACUAAUAACAACAACAUUAUCAAACCAGUCAAAUCAGAUAACGCCGCUGAUACUCUUUCAUUAGAUUCUGGUUUUGGUGGUUCUCAAUCAGAUAUUGUACAAGAAAUUGAACCACCUUCAUUAGAAGAAAUUUUAAAAUAUAAAAUUCAAAAACAAAUUGAACCUAAUGCAUUUAUUGCUACUUUCCAUUGGUUAUUUUCGAAAAAGGGACAACCCAAUGAUGAAGAAAGUAGAUUAUUACAACAAUAG